AUGAUGCCUUUAACAAUCUCUAACUCCUCUCUUCUUGAUGACUUGGCAUUACGAACUGGACGAAUGGAUAGAAAACGAAGUGCCACACUGCAACCAUACCUGGAAGCAGUUCGUCAUACCCUUCAAGCUGCUCUUUGUCUUGAACAGUUCAGCUCGCAGGUAGUCGAGCGACACAUGAAACCCGAGGUGGAAGUUCGUACAUCCAAAGAGCUUCUUAUGACUCCAGUUGUUGUUGCACGUAACAAACAAGAACGGGUGCUUAUUGAACCAUCUAUUAAUUCCGUGAGGGUAUCAAUAUCCAUUAAGCAAUCUGACGAGAUUGAACGCAUUCUUUGCCAUAAGUUCACGCGAUUCAUGUGUCAGCGAGCGGACAGUUUCUUUGUUUUAAGACGUAAACCGUUGCCAGGCUAUGAUAUUUCAUUCUUGAUCACUGCAUCGCACACUGAAACGAUGUACAAACACAAGCUGGUAGAUUUCUUACUUCAUUUCAUGCAAGAAAUCGAUAAGGAAAUUAGCGAUAUGAAGCUCGCUCUGAACGCACGAGCUCGUGUUUCAGCUGAAGAAUUCCUGAAACGAUUCAACUAA